AUGGAGGUGAACAGUCCACACAACGUGCCCAGCCAGGCCAAUUCCAGAGCUCCCAUGCCCACCUCAAGUGACCCUCGUCUAAAGCGACCUCGCCCACCACUUGCGACAUCUUCUUUCCCUCGCCACUCACAAAAUUCGCAGCCCUCGUCUCCGACCACCACUUCCCUACCUGCUCACGAACAAGCACAACAUCCUCUAUCAAGAGAAGCUUCGGAUUUGGCGCCGCGCAUACAAUCUGAUCCGGCACAGAAGAUAGAUGGAUUGGACUUUAGCGGGUUGUUGCUAGAGUUCGUGGAUGCCCGAGCUUCACGAAUGCUCCAGAUACAAGAAAGGACAAAACUUGAAAGAGAGGAGUCUUCCUAUCAACGUGACCUGGUAAAGGCAAGACAAACAAAGUCUUUCCCCGCCACGAUUGAAAGCUUGGAGGCCGACGCCGCGGCCUGCAAAAAUCGGCUGGCCAAGAUCAACCAUAUUAUCACCCGGCACCAAACACGCUCAACCGAACUCAAUGGGGAUAUCGGCAAAUUGCUUCGACAGACCACAAAUUUGCAGACCCCUCCAGCAACGGGUCCCGUCCAGACUACCUCUGGCACUGUUAAGAACAUGGCUAGGCUGGAAGAUGACGUGAGGAAGAUCAAACGAACAAUAUUCAUUAAGAAAGAGGAUGACCUCCCUGAAAAGCCCAUCGACAUCUUUAAAGUCUGCAACACUGUUGAGUCGCAAUCAAAAGCGCACACAACCUUCCGGAAAAGCAUCAAUGCUAUCGAGGAAUGGAGAUCCACUGCAGAAUAUGAAACAAGGCAUUUCAUGGAAGCAAGAACACAGCAAACUCAGGAACGAGCUUCGUCAAGACAGGAAAUAGAUCAGCUCACAGCCCAGGCGCGAAAGACCACCGAAGCCCUCUCAGAUUUAAAAAAUUUCCUGCAAGCUAUUAACCAGACAGUUCAAAGACAUGAAAACAGUGUCUGUACACUGUCUGCCGAUCAAAAGAAUAUGGGAAUCGCAUUAAGCACACAGAGAGAGCAACUGGAAUACAAACUUGCAGUACAAGGGCAAGCAUUAUCUGAUGCUAUUUCCGAUGUCACCAAAAAAAAUCGAUCAUACUUCUCAAAGGGUCGAUGCUCUAAAUAA